CUUUAUAGAAAGGGCUCAAAAAUUUCAUCACCCAUAUAUAUGAACCCUACUUUCGCACUCUGAAAACCCUAGCCCUUCAUUGCUCUUCCACCUCCGCAAAUCCCCGCCCAACUCUCCGCCGCCGCCACCGCCGCCGCCGCCGCAGAUCCAAGCAAUGGGCCGCGUCCGUACCAAAACAGUGAAGAAAUCCUCCCGUCAGGUCAUCGAGCGCUACUACUCUCGCAUGACCCUCGAUUUCCACACUAACAAGAAGAUCAUCGAAGAAGUUGCCAUUAUCCCAUCCAAGAGGCUCCGCAACAAGAUCGCCGGCUUCUCGACCCAUUUGAUGAAACGGAUCCAGAGGGGUCCGGUUCGCGGCAUUUCCUUGAAGCUCCAAGAGGAAGAGCGUGAGCGCCGCAUGGAUUUCGUCCCCGAUGAAUCGGCCAUCAAGGUCGACCAAAUCGAAGUUGAUAAGGAAACUCUUGAUAUGCUUUCGGUUCUUGGGAUGUCUGAUAUUCCGGGGAUUGUUAAGGUUGAUCCAGUCGCCGUUGUUCCUCAAAUCGGGUUCGGCCGUGGUGGUGGACCCGGAAGGAGGUUUUAAUUGGUUAGUGUCCGUCUAUUUGAUGGGUUCUUAAUUUUAAGUUCAUUAUGUUUUAUUUUUUGGGUAGUAUUUAAAUUUUGUGUUUCUUGUUGGAACAAUAUUAGUUUUUAUGUUAAAUGGUACUGGAAUUUGUUGAGUUUGAUGUGCGCUUUCUUUUUAAUAGCAUUUGAAAUGAGAAACUUUUAGUUUCUGCGA